AUGAAGUUCACCACUCUUCCUGUGGCCGCUUUGGCCCUGGGUGCCAUGGCCGCAACCCCUUCGCGGGUUCAGUACAAGCCAACGCUCGUUGAUCGUGACGUUGCUACUAUCAGCAGCAUCAUCUCUACCAUCGACGGCCUCGCCGCUGACCUGGGCUCCACUGUCGAAGCCUUCUCCGGCGACAUCGGCCCUGUUGGAGCUGCCGCCUCCGCACUCCUAAGCGGAAUUGCGGAUGGCGUCAGCACUAUUAAGGAAUCCGACGAGCUUGUUCUCACCGAUGCCCUUCAGCUCCAACCGCCUGUUCAAAAACUCACCGCCACCGCGAACGACGUGGUUGACGCCGUCAUCGCCAAGAAGCCCGAUUUCGUCGCCGCCGACGCCGGUGGCAUCGUCUACCAACAGCUCAAGGAUCAGCAGACCGGCGCCCAGCAACUCACCGAAGCCAUCACUUCCAAGGUUCCGGAAAGCGUCCGAGACAUUGCCGCCACCCUCGCCGCCGGCAUCAACGAAGCUUUCCAGCGCGGCGUCGAUGCCUAUUCUGAUCAGGAGGGUCAGACCCCUGGCAAGGGCGGCAGCAGCUCUUCUGCCCCCCAAAGCUCCUCAGCGGCUCCGACCAAGACCUCCAGUGCCUCCUCGGGCGGUAGGACCUCUCCCACCGGCACCGGCAGCCCUAGCGGUCAUCCAUCCGGCAGUGGAGGCGCGAAGCCUCCCAAACCAACCGGGUCCUCUCCCCCUAAGCCCACCGGCCCCUCUCCGCCAAUAUACACUGGCGCAGCUUCCGCCAAUAAGGUCGGUGGCCUCGUUGCUGCCAUGGCCGUCGCCGUCGCCGUCUUUUAAGCAACAUGAUCUGCAUUGCCGGCC